UACAGCACUAUACCUACCUUACAGUAAACCGCGGAUGUCUUUGCCAUGGCCAUGUAAAAUAAUGUGAAACCUAUCCAGUGAGCAUGCAAAUAGGUGCGCUCACACACACACACACACGGCUGUCAGUGAUGUCAUUUGCCAGAAGGUGAAGAAGCAGACGAGGCAGGUGGAGGGUUGUGUGUGUGCCUGCUAAAGGCGUUUUUGACAGCCACAUCGUUCAUGAUUUUUAGAAAAGCUUUACAGAGCUCAGAGGGACAGAGACAAGGACAGACUACGCGAUGCGCAACAUUCACACGGGCGGCUGCACGGAAAAUGGUGGCGCUUAAUUCAACGGCCGGCUGAUAACCGCUCCUUCAAUUGUUUUCCUCUUUUACUAACGCCCGGGAACAAGGGCAGUCGCGGCGUUUGACCAUGAAUCCGGCAGAACAAACGGUUACAUGGCUCAUAACGCUCGGUGUUAUGGAGUCGCCGAAGAAGAGCGUGUCGGAUCCGGCCGCGUUUCUGCAGUGCGCGCUGAAGGACGGAGUCGUGCUCUGCAGGCUGAUCGAGCGCCUGCGCCCCGGUACAACCGAACAAGUUUUCCAGGAGCCCAAAAACGACAGCGAGUGUCUGAGCAACAUAAAGGAGUUCCUGAAAGGCUGUGCUGCGUUCCGUGUCGAGCCAUUUGAGGCAAGUGACCUGCUGCAAGGCCAGAACUUCAGCAAAGUUCUCACCACAUUAGUGGCUCUCAACAAAGUGACUGCAGAUAUUGGCAUUGGCAGUGAUUCUGUAUGCACUCGACACUCUACUGCCCAUCGCAUCAAGUCCUUUGAGUCUCUGGUCUCGCAGACCUCACUGGGCCGAUCGUCCAAACUCCUCCAUAACCAGUUCCGAAGCCUGGAUAUGACCGAGAAUAGUAACAGCCAGUUGGUGGUGAAAGCUCGCUUCAACUUCCAGCAGACCAAUGAGGAUGAGCUCUCCUUCACCAAGGGUGACAUUAUCACCGUCACCCGCACAGAGGAGGGAGGAUGGUGGGAGGGCAACCUCAACGGAAAGACUGGCUGGUUUCCAAGCAACUAUGUCAGAGAGGUCAAAGACAAACAAGUUUCCCCCAAAUCUGGAACACUGAAAAGUCCCCCUAAAGGUUUUGACACCACUGCCCUUAGCAAAACCUACUACAACCUGGUGCUACAAAACAUUUUAGAAACGGAGACAGAGUACUCAAAGGAGCUUCAGAAUCUUCUGACCAAUUACCUGAGGCCACUUCAGAACACAGAAAAACUUAGCUCUGCAGACAUCAGCGUCAUCACGGGCAACCUGGAGGAAAUCAGCACCUUCCAACAAACUAUUGUCCAGUCACUAGAAGACUGCACUAAACUUCCAGAGCUACAGCAGAAAGUAGGGGGCUUUUUCUUAAACCUUAUGCCCAAAAUGAGAGCAUUAUAUACAGGUUACUGCUCAAACCAUCCAUCAGCUGUUAACAUUCUCACUGAGCGCAGUGAGGAGCUAGGAGACUUUAUGGAGAGUAGAGGAGCAAGUUCCCCAGGCAUUCUCACUCUGACCACAGGCCUGAGCAAACCUUUCAUGAGACUAGAUAAAUAUCCAACUUUGCUGAAAGAACUGGAGAGACAUAUGGAGGAGGGUCAUCCAGAUCGGACUGAAAUCCAAAAGUGCAUGACUGCAUUCAAGAAUCUUUCUGCCCAGUGUCAAGAGGUGCGGAAACGGAAGGAGCUGGAGCUGCAAAUUCUCACAGAAUCCAUUCGUUUGUGGGAGGGUGAAGACAUCAAGACUUUUGGCUGUGUGAUCUACAUGAGCCAGGCCAUGGUACAGAACCAAGGCUGUGAGGAAAGGAAUGAACGGUACCUCAUGCUUUUCCCUCAUGUUCUGCUUAUCCUCUCGGCCAGCCCAAGGAUGAGUGGCUUCAUCUAUCAGGGGAAGCUGCCAUUGAGUGGAAUGACAGUAACUCCUUUAGAGGACUGUGAAAGCCACAAGAAUGCUUUUGAGCUCUCAGGUUGCAUGUUUGAGAGGAUGCAGGUUAUCUGCUUUAAUAAGCAUGAUCAACAGGAUUGGCUGGAGCACCUGAAGCGCCAGACCAAACACACCACCAUGACUGCCCCGAGCAUGAAGCCACUCACAGUCCCCUGUCACACACUUCCAUCACAUCCUCUAACUCCAUCCAGGCACGCAGAGAGCCGUGGCCUGACUGUGGCUCCUGCCUACCACACUCUCCCUCACUCUUCCUCUCAUGGAGCUCCACACAGCACUGUAAUGUGGGGGCCUCUAGAACCUCCUAAAACCCAGAAACCUUGGAGUCUGAGUUGCCUGAGGCCAGCGCCCCCACUCAGACCAUCAGCUGCCCUCUGCUAUAAAGAGGACCUCAGUAAAAGUCCCAAAAGUAUGAAAAAGCUACUACCCAAGCGGAAACCUGAAAGGAAGCCGUCUGAUGAGGAGUUUGCUUUGAGGAAAAGUACUGUAGCACUGGAAGAGGACGCUCAGAUCCUGAAAGUGAUUGAGGCCUACUGUACGAGUGCCAAAACCCGACAGACUCUCAAUUCAACAUGGCAGGGAACUGAUCUGAUGCAUAACCACGUGUUGGAUCAGUCGAGCAUGGAGUGUAUGGGCCGCCGCAGCAGCAUCUCUCGGCCCGAGGGCAGCUCGGACCUUUCAGAGGACUCGGACUAUGACAGUAUAUGGACGGCUCACUCUUACAGGAUGGGGCCGGUUUCCCGACAGAGGAGAGACACUGCUCCAGCCCUUAUACUACCUGCAGAGGAGAGGAUAAUCAUGCAGGAGAUCAAAAGCAAUGGACAGACUGUUAUGGAAGAGAAGAGUCUUGUAGAUGUUGUGUAUUCACUAAAGGAUGAAGUCCAAGAACUUAAACAGGACAGUAAGAAAAUGAAACGAUCCCUGGAAGAGGAGCAGCGAGCUCGUAAAGAUCUGGAAAGAGUUGUACGGAAAGUUUUAAAGAAUAUUAAUGACCCAUCUUGGGAUGAGACCAAUUUAUGAGCUCGUGAGAAAGCUUCUUACAGGUUUGGUAGCAUUUGUGAAGAUUUAACAUUGCAUUUUCCCCAUGAACGUCUGAUAUAAAAAUAGAUUAACAUUCUCAGCUCAUUAUCUUGUAAUUAGUGCAUUUACAUGUCACUGCAAUCUUUGAAGAAGUUGACAUGCAGAUGGUUCAUACCAAGGAGGUACUUAUGGCCAGAGGUUUUAUGAACACUUUACCAUCAGACUGAUAUGUGUUUUUUCACAGCCCAUUCCAGAUGUAGUCCCCCUUGCUAUAAUAAUAAGCUUCACUCAUCUCGGAAAGCUUUCCAUUUGAUUUUGGAGCACGGCUUUGGGAAUUUGUUUUCAUCCAGGUACACAAGCAUUAGUGAGAUUAAGCACUGAUGUCAGGUGAAAAGACCGCAGUGUUCAAGUUCAUUCCAAAGGUAAAGGUCAGGGUUCUUAACUUAAGCUCUUCUGAUCAUGAUCAUGACAUACAUAGUCAUGUCCCUCGCUUUUUGCACAGGGGCAUUGUCAUGCUAGAGCAUGUUUGGGUUUCUUAAUUACAUUAAAAGAAAUUUUUUUUUAAAGCUACAGCAUAUAAUCUACAUAUUUGUGUGUGUGUGUACAGUUUUGUGGCAACAGCUUGGGGAAGGUCCAUUUGUGGUCAGGUGUCCACAGACUAUUGGCAAUAUAGUGUACUUUUGAAGGAAAAAAAAGAAGACAAUCCCAAAAUAUAAAUGAGUCCAUGGCAGACAAUCUCUACAUUGCUUCAGCGUUAUUUAUUCGUGACCAAUUACAAUAUGUACUUAAUAUGUUUGUAAUUAGUUAUUGACUAAUUGUGUCAGACGAUUCCUAUUUAACUUUUUUUAACCUCCACACAGUUUAUUUCAGGUCAUUAUGUAUUGGAAUCAUGUAAAUAAACGAAGGGGUGUAAUUCACUUCCAAGAAAAACGUGGCCCUUACAACUGACAUGACCAUGCAAUUAUGCUAGAAGGGAAAUGGCUGUGAUUUGUACAUUAACUCUUUCUGGUUCACCUCAGCUACUAUACUGAUGCAGGAAACCUCACUGACAGUUGUAGAUACUACUGCUGCACAUUGUGUUAACUGUAAACUUUGUGUUUAGAAAUACUCCAUAUAUGUAAUUUGUAAAUACUCCACAGCUAAUUUACUUAUUCCAGAUUUAUUUCAUUUUCAUUUAAAAAGUGACCUGGAACUAACCCUAUAAUGCCUAAUUCUGCUAGGUUUCCACAAGCUCACUAUAUAAUGAAUAUAGAUAAACUUUUAAAAAAAGUUAUCAUGCAUGUUAUGUUAGGGUGUUAAUGCAAUAAAGGGUCUGGUUUUUGUUUAUUUUUUAUUUAAUAGCAUAGUAAAAAUGUUGGUACCACUACAUUACUAAUAGGCCUUGAAACAUGACUCUGUAUUACUUGUAGCUGCACUCAUGCGUGGACUGAUCUUUCUGUGAGUGCUCUCUGAGGACAGUCAGGACUGUAAUUACCUCAUCAAAACACCUUUACUGUAUUUACUGAUUACCCUUACCUCCAUACAACUUCCUUUCUAUUGUACAUUCUGUAAAUAAAGAUGUUUUCUUAUGA